CCCGAAGUAUUACAAAACACUAAAAGCAGGUGAUAAAUAUUAUGUUUUAAAGGUAUUGCUAGAAUGUUAUUAAAUAUUCCAGAAUGGGUAAUACAUAUUCCAGGCAUAUGAACAUAGGCAUAUUUAUAGGGAGAAAAUCAAUUUUCUGUUGUUAUCUAGAACUUAUGUUCAUACUAUUGUAUGGUAUCACAUUCAUUUCUCCGUGUCCAAAUUCUUGCUUCCAUUAUGAAAGUCAGAGCUGGUUUGGUGAGGGAGAAAUAGUCUCUUCUGUUUACUCUCUUAUAAUGAAAAUCUUUUUCUCUUAUUUGGCAGCAAGAAUUCUACCUAUAUGAUUGUGUGGAACUAUAAACCUUCAAUAACAUCUGUGAUACCUUUUAGUUAAUGAAAAAUAGUGUUAUACUUUUAUACUUUAGUUUGCAAAGAAGAGAGAUUCCCUCAUGGUACCUCAAGAAAAAAAGACUCUGGUAAAGCUUCAUGUGAACUGAAAAUGGAAAGCUACCAGGUGCCCAAGGAUCUUGAAGGAAAAGCUUUUCCUUCAUCUCUGCGAUGGGCUACAUUAUUUCUCUCACAGCAUCUUUACUUCCCUUCUUGCAUCUGCUCUGAUCACCACUUUACUAACUGGCCGCCUCUGCCUAUAUAUCAUUUCUGUUUCUUUACAGAUGAUUAUAGAGCUUGGGACAUUCAUAAAAGUAAACUUUAUAAGCCAGAACAAACUUACCACCCCCCUACUGCGAAAUUUGGAAAUUCAACGAUAUUUCAGGAUGAUUUUGUUCCUCAGGAGAUAAAGCCUAGGCAAAGCUUUAAACCUUCCUCUGUGGCCAAACGUUCUACAGCCCCUUUUAAUGGUAUUACAAGUCAUCGCCUUGAUUAUAUACCUCAUCAGCUUGAACUCAAGUUUGAAAGGCCAAAAGAAGUUUACAGACCAACUGAUCAACGCUUUGAGGAUCUCACAACUCACCAGUGUGACUUUCAGGGCCUUGUUGGUGAAACUGCAAAAAUCUGCAGACCUGUACACACCAGAGUGAUGCAAAAUGCUCAGUUUGAAGGAAGCACUGAAUUCCGUGAAAGUUUUCAACCAUGGGAAAUCCCACCGCCUGAGGUCAAGAAAGUACCAGAGUAUAUGCCUCCUACAGGUAGCAUGCUGUUAAACAGCACAAGCCAUCUUGACUAUGUUCCGUAUCUGACCAACUGUGUUGUUCCCAUCAGGCCAGUUUCUCAUAGAAGUAGUAACUAUUUUCCCUUCCAAGGAAAAAGCACCAUGAAGGAAGAUUUUCCAGCAUGGGAAAGUUGUCGUCAAGGACUUAUUAGGAAGCAGCAGCAGCAGAUUCCCAACCCAUCUGGAAAAUUUGAUAGUUUGAGCACUUUCAGAUCUCACUAUGUGCCACAUGAAUUGAUUCCAACAGAGAGUUGCAAACCUUUAAAUAUCGCUUUUAAGAGUUCUGUUCCAUUUGAUGAUGUAACUAUGUACUCUGUAGAGUACACACCGAAAAAACAGGAAAUUUGCCCAGCUAGCUAUGCCUCUCGUCCAGGUUAUAUUUUUGAAAACACAAAUUCCUAAGGUCAUAAAUUCUUCUGCAAGAUUACUCCAGCAGUAAAGGUCUUCUAAUAACCAAAUUGUGCUUAAAAGGAAGCUACUAGCAAGUUGUUGGUUUUCCAAGAGAAAACUCAAUUUUACAGUGAAAAAAAUUAAUGAUAUAAUAAAUCAUUUUUUAGAUUUUUAAACAAGAAAAUGAGAAAAUGUAUUCUAAGAAAUCAGAAUCUUAAAACUAUUUUGUAUUGAUAUUUUAACCAAGAUUGUUCUUUAAUAUGCAUUUCGGAAGGUUGAAUAAUAUGCAUUCCCUAUGAACUAUUUUAAUACUCAACAUACUGCUUGGUAGCUUGUCCCCAGUCUAUUAGUAUUUGUAAUUCUGUUAUAAUUAUGGCAAUGUAUGUCAUUUAUCAGGCACACCAGGAUUAUUUAGAACAUUGAAAAUGAUACAUCGAUCCCUCUUCCACGGCAAUAGGAGUCAUUUACUCAGACUUCAGGGUAUCUACAUAGCAUACACUGAGUCAAGUUUUGGUUGCUGUAUGUAGACUGCUGUACUGCUCUUCACCAUGUUCAAGUUAGCAAGAGACAUUGUUGGUGUGACAAGGAAAGGCUCUGUGUGCUGGGAAUCAAAGGACUUGAGUUCAAGUUCUAACUAAUUAUUAUUAUUUUUAGAGACAGGGUCUCACUGUCAGCCAUGCUGGAGUCCAGGGGCGUGAUCGUGGCUUAACCUCCUGAGCUCAAGUGAUCCUCCUGCCUCAGCCUCCCAAAUAGCUGGGACUACAAGAGUAUGCCACCACACCUGGCUUUCUUUCUUUCUUUUUUUUUUUUUUUUUUAAUAUGCUUCCUAGAAACAGGUUAUUGCUAUAUUGGCUAGCCUGGUCUUAAAUCCUGCCUUGGUUUUCCAAAACACUGGGAUUAAAGGCAUGAGCCACUAUACCCAGCCCAAGUUCAAGUUCUAAUAAUACAGAUUUCUAUUUGACUCAUAUCUCUGAGUCUCAGUGUCUUUGUAAAAUAUCUGUUCUUGAAAAGUUUGAGUGCCAGACUAUAUGGUACAUUUUAAUCCUUAAAGUAAAAGUAUAAAUGUAGAGGAUUGUUUGAAAAAAAUCAAUCUAUUUUUACACUUAUUUUCUCCUUUUCAAAUUGGGAUAAUUACUCAAUUCUCAUUUUCUCCCCUAUAGCAAGGAUUGUAAAAUAACCUAAUUUGCUUUGAGCUUAUGAGUAGUAUGUACUUUUGAGAGGAGUCUUGUCCUUUAAAACUUUAUGAGCAUCCAAGAAAUUCUUAACAGAGAAUGGAAAGCUUGCAAUGGGGUAAACAGAGUGGUUUAAAUAACAGUAUUUGGAGAAAGGAAAAAGUAUUUGCUAGGGUAGUUUUAGGAAGACUGACAGCUCUGAAGAAAUCUUUAGGGUACACUUAGGUGAUUUUGCACCUAACUGCCAUGCCAAGUCACUGUUCAGAGGCAGAACUAGCCCCAGCAGGGGCAUAAUCAUCUCGUUCACCUCUUCCAGUGUAAAGAUAAGUGCUAAGGAACGGAAUGAUACCAGUGUAGUAGAAACACUCUCUUGCAUUCAUAAAUGCUAAAAAUGUCCUAAUGAAUUAAAUUCUUAUUGGGUGGUUGCUUUAAAAAAAAUUAAAUAAUUGCAUUAUGGGAGAGUAUGAUUUAUUUUAGCAUAAAGCGAAUUUUAGUCUUUUAUGGCUUCAGAAUUAUUUCAAAAUAUACUUUAUUGAAAAUCAUCAAUAUUUGGUUAUUUUGUCUGAAAGUAAUUUGUUCUUAUUUACAUUUAUUAGUAAAAGUAUGGUGUGUUAAACUUUAUAUUUCUAUGUAACAUUAAUAAAAUCAAUAAAAGGAAGGGAUUUUCAAGAAA